AUGGAUGUUCGACGACAGUCCAGAAGCCUGAGCCCAGAGAGAGUAUACGUGGCAGUUCGACGAUACACUAGGAGCCUUAGUCCUCAGGGAGAGUGCAAGUCUGUUCGGCAUGAAUCCAGGAGCCUUAGACCUCAGAGACAGCGUAUUGAUGUCUGGCGGCAAUCCAGGAGCCUUAGCCCAGGGAGACAGCUAGUGGUUCGACGAAAGUCCAGGAGCCUUACCCCUCAGAGAAACGGUGUGGCAGUACGACGACAGUCCAGGAGCCUUAGCCCUAGAAGAGGCUUCCAUCCAAGCAACAGAGACACUACUCGAAGGAACAGACCGCGAACAGUAUCACCACAACGACAACGCCGACGCAACAGCGAGCGCAGCCAAAGGACAGCUGCGACUGCAACAACCGCGGCAAGCACCAUUUCUGACAAUACCAGUAUCACGACUGUGCUGCUGGACCCAGUCAAGGCGCUCAACAUCCAAAUGUUCCCCCAAAAUGUCCCACGGAACACCAAGGGCGCCCCACGGGCCAAUCAAGGAUUGUUGGCAAAGCAUCUCAUGGCAACGUACCCCACAAGAUCUCUUACAAAGGAAAUGAACAUUCUCGGCAGUGAGGGGCUAGUGAGCACUCAAUUCAUCUUGAAUAGCAUUGCCAAAGUCCAACAAAACCAAGACAUUGUCAAGUUGGAACUUGAAGAUUGGUUGGGACGAUCCAAGCAUGCACAGCGAAUCGCGAUAGCCUUGCGAGAACUCAUGAUGCAUGAUCACCGGCCAUGGGAAAGCAUUAGGUUUGUGGACUAUGUGCACGCAUCCGAUGUUGACACGUUCCAGCAGUGGGUGGAUCAAAAGAAUCUCUUUCAAAGUUGUUUGGGCAGCAUUUUUCUGGAAAAGCUCGUUCCCGUGCAUUUCGAUUGCAUUGUUACACUUCCCGCAUCCACUGGCAAGGAGGACAGUGUGACACUCUUGAAUCUCAUGCAACAGGAGCCAUCCGUUACGAAGCUAGUGUUUGCAUCCAAUCAGUCUGACCCUGUCAUGUUGAAGGCUCUGGUGGACUUGUUUCAAUGCGACAAUCGUUCCUGGAAAGAUGUGACGCUUCACCUGUCAGGCCAGUUUGCUUGGUAG